CGCAUCAAAUAUUCGAUCGAAAGUGAAAAAUGCUGCGCAACGCUCGAUCCGUCGGUGUUGCUGUAGCUACGCUGACACCUCUGACUGCUCUGGCUAUUGGAGAAACAGCGCAACAUUAUGACAACAAUAAUAAGGUCGUAUAUGCAAAGCAGCAGCUGCUGAAAUGGAGUCAUUCUUGCGCAUCGGAGCAAAAUAUCGAAGGCUCGAAGGCAACCGCUUCCAUUUGGCUGGGCACUGCGCCACCAAAGUUCCCAUAUUUAUUAUCAAUCUCAGCGGGCGACAACCCAGCGGUCGUCUCUAAAACACUUCUAACAGGUGUCAAGGUGCUGGGAUCGUACGAUGAGCCAACGCGAGAUACACUGGAGAGACUGACUGCUCCUACUUCUACGCUAGAACUUACUGUGCACAAGAUUGCCACACGUUACUCGGCCCUGAAGACUGUUCUGCACGGAAAUAUUCCGGAGGAUUUCGAUCCCCGUGUCGGAAUGAAAACUAGCGCCGAGGAUACGAUGAUGGAUGCGUUGCUGGACGCGCUACGAGACCUGCAGUACAGUGAUACGUGUAGUGACGCCAAGAGCGAUCCAGAUGCACUGACAAACUCGACAGCCGGCGAAGUUCCCGCGCCUCCUGUAUUCUUGCUGAGGGACUUUGAUACACUCAGUGAUCAGGAAGCUGAACGAUGGCUCCGUUGGACUCAUCAAGUCUCGAGUGAGGGCUUAGCUUACGUGGUGCUGUUAACUACCUCAACUGUUACACCAUCCAAGGCGGAGUGGAUUCAAGCGCGUCAUCAAUCCGGACUGAGCGGCGCUGGAUCGGAAGGUGUUCAAGAUUUCGUUGGCAUUCUGUUGCGUCCAGCAAACAACCUUGUGGAUUCCACUUCAGCGGAAGAAAAACUGCACCAUCUUGCGGAAUUGCACGAUUUAAACUUGUUCUCUGACUCCGAACAAGUGGAUGAGGAGGAUGGAGAUGCGACAGAGGAUCAGAACAAUCGAGCUACAGAGCUGGAGUUUAUUUUGAAGACAACCGGGAAUUGGUGGAGCGAUAUUGACGAGAUUUGCCGGCGAUUAAAGGACAGCAAUCUAAACAGCGUGACGCUGCACGAAGAGCGACUCGCUAUCAUCCAAGAAGUAUGCAGUGCAUUCAAUCAAGACACAGAAGUCAAACUGCUGGAGUUAUUGCACUUAGACGGAAGUCUGCAGUUUCCACAGGGAAACCCUGCCAGCCACAACUCCGAGUCCUCAGUAUCCAGCGAUAUCACCGACACGUCAAAAGCUUUUAGCGCGCUGGAAACCUGGAAGUGCCUGGAAACGUUGGCUAAUGUGACUCCCGUAACUGGCGGAAGUUCACUAAUUGCUUCUCCACAACAACUAUUGGAUCAGAAAGACAAGACGCCACUCAACUGCGUGAACCCCGUCGAAGCGUUAUUGCCGUUUAACUACCGCGAAGAGGGCGAACAAAAGUUCUUGGACCUGAUCGACCAGCAAGUAUUAUUUCUGCGUCCGAAGGAUGCUGUGGAGAUUGGAGUGAUUCCGUGCAAAAAAGCUGCAUUAGUGUCUCCUUGCUGGAUCCAGACACGACCUGCUGUCAAAAAGGCCUUCGAGAAGAUACAUAGGAGUGAUACAUACUUCAGGGUCAUUUUAGAACUCGACCGCUUUGCUGCCAAUGUUGAGAUGCGAAAAGAGGUUGAGCAGUACGAGCAAGAGAUAGCGGAGCGACGAAAGUCUUUGUUCGACAUGAAACGAGACUUCACGAUUCUUCAGUUUUCGAUGACACCGGCUGAGAAAGCACAGCGGAAAGCCGAGCUUGCGCUGAUAGACGUCGAGCUGCAAGCAAAGGAUGUGUACCUGGAAAAACUUCGCUCGUUACUGACUCCGUGAUGCGAGAGACAUCAAAUUAAUUCGACAUCACCACGUAAAUGUCUGCUCCAGAUGCAGGAGCGGAUUCAAACAUUGCGUUCGCGGCGUCAGACGACGAUAUUCCUCGUUCAUUGUAGUAGCUCGACCGAAUUGAUUCCAUGAAGGUGGUCACUUUGGCCUCUCGCACCAGCGCGACGAUACAGCCUCCCCACCCUGCACCUAUAAGCCGUGCUCCCAAAGCACCAGCGGACAUAGCAGCAUCGACCAGAGCGUCCAGUUCCGGACAGCUACACUCGUAUAGUGCCUUGCAACCGUGAUGACUCGCACUCAUGACAUCUCCAAGACUUUGUAAUUGCUUUUGCACAGCAACAUGAUCCGAUGAACGCUGAACUUCUUUCGCCAGUGAAGUACACAGUGUUUGAAAUUGCUCCACUCGUUCAGCCUCGCCCCACACAUGAAGAGCUCGUUGUUGCAACUUGAAUGACGAAGCGGAAGCAAUCACUGUCUACAUAAAGUCACAGAUGUAAAGUGUUAAGAGGCAUCAUCAUGUAAUGCACAAAACACACGUACUAUCGCGGCUGCUUCCAGUGAGGAUCCCCUGAAGAGCUCUAUAAUCGGUUCACCAAGGUCGGUCUCGAUCUCAGCCAUUGAAUAUUCCUUCAAAGGACAGGAAGUUGACGCCAGUUUUUCUAACUCGCGAAACGAAAUCCCGUCUCGAGAACCUUCCAAUCCCUUCUGAACGUCCACAAGUCGUGUAAUCUGGUUCGACAAUCACCAUACAUUAGUACUGACCCCACACACACGAUGAAAACCUUAAAAGUAAGUACUACGUAGUACCUUUCUCCAGUCUUCGAUUCCU